UGUGGUCCCGCGCCCCUUUCCCCGCACUCAGAGGUGGCUGAGGCUGCUGCGCCCCUGCUCCGCGCUGCCUGCAGCACCGUCACCGCCGGGGUUGUCCCAUCCUACCCUGUCAUCGCCUUCUGGUCCAGGUCGCAGUGGAGCGACAAGUGGCCAGUAAGGAGUGAGGAUGGGGGGUGGGGACAGGACGAGCAGGGGGACGGCAGAAGGCGAUCAGCGGGCUCAGGCGGUGCGCGGCUGAGUCUGAGCCAGGGUCCCCGAGUCCCCUGGGCCCGGCGGGGACAGUGACGAGCGCCCCCUGGCCGGAGCCACCUUUGGGGCGCACCUACCGCCCGCCGGCCCGCGCCAGUCCCCGAGCCACGGAGCACAGAGGGACCGCGCUCGGACCGCGGCCGCGCCACCAGUGAGGAAGCCCUGAACUGCAGAAGGAGGAGGAAGUGUGGGCAAGGGCAAAAGCGGAACCAGAGAAAGCAGCAGGGGUCCUGCUCUCCCUGGACUCAGCGUGCAAAUCUCAAAAGAAGUGGCUUCAUCACUGGAGCAACUGGGCUGAGAGUGUCUUUGGAGAGCCCUACAGAAGCACGAGGGAGCAGCCAUGUCACCAUUUCUUCGAAUUGGCUUAUCCAACUUUGACUGUGGGACCUGUCAGUCUUGUCAGGGCGAGGCUGUGAACCCCUACUGUGCUGUGCUUGUCAAAGAGUAUGUUGAAUCAGAAAACGGGCAGAUGUAUAUCCAGAAAAAGCCAACCAUGUACCCACCAUGGGACAGCACCUUUGACGCCCACAUCAUCAAGGGCAGAGUGAUGCAGAUCAUCGUGAGGGGCAAGAACGUGGACCUCAUUUCGGAGACCACAGUGGAGCUCUACUCGUUGGCCGAGAGAUGCCGGAAGAACAACGGAAGGACAGAAAUCUGGUUAGAGCUGAAACCUCAAGGCCGAAUGCUAAUGAAUGCAAGAUACUUUCUGGAAAUGAGUGACACCAAGGACAUGAGUGAAUUUGAGACUGAAGGCUUCUUUGCUUUACAUCACCGCCGAGGAGCCAUCAAACAGGCCAAAGUCCACCAUGUCAAGUGCCACGAGUUCACUGCCACCUUUUUUCCACAACCCACGUUUUGCUCUGUCUGCCAUGAGUUUGUCUGGGGUCUGAACAAACAGGGCUACCAGUGUCGACAAUGUAAUGCAGCAAUUCACAAGAAGUGUAUUGAUAAAGUGAUUGCCAAGUGCACAGGAUCAGCUAUCAACAGUCGAGAAACCAUGUUCCACAAGGAGAGAUUCAAGAUUGACAUGCCACACAGAUUCAAAGUCCACACCUACAAGAGCCCGACCUUCUGUGAGCACUGUGGAACCCUGCUGUGGGGGCUAGCAAGGCAAGGACUCAAGUGUGAUGCAUGUGGCAUGAAUGUCCAUCACCGAUGCCAAACAAAGGUUGCCAACCUCUGUGGUAUAAACCAGAAGCUAAUGGCUGAAGCAUUGGCAAUGAUUGAAAGCACCCAACAGGCUCGCUCCUUAAGAGAUUCAGAACACAUCUUCCGAGAAGGUCCAGUUGAAAUUGGUCCCCCAUGUUCCAUCAAAAACGAAGCCAGGCUGCCAAACUUACCAACACCUGGAAAAAGAGAGCCUCAGGGAAUCUCCUGGGAGUCCCCCUUGGAUGGGACAGAUAAAAUAUGCCAUCCCCCACAACCUGAAGUGAAUAUUGAAAGACCAUCACUGCAAAUGAAAUUAAAAAUCGAGGAUUUUGUCUUGCACAAAAUGUUGGGGAAAGGAAGCUUUGGCAAGGUCUUUCUAGCAGAGUUCAAGAAAAACAAUCAAUUCUUCGCAAUAAAAGCCUUAAAGAAGGAUGUGGUUUUGAUGGACGAUGAUGUUGAGUGUACGAUGGUCGAGAAGAGAGUCCUGUCCUUGGCCUGGGAGCAUCCGUUUCUAACACACAUGUUCUGUACAUUCCAGACCAAGGAAAACCUCUUCUUUGUGAUGGAGUAUCUCAAUGGCGGAGACUUAAUGUAUCACAUCCAAAGUUGCCACAAGUUUGAUCUUUCCAGAGCCACGUUUUAUGCUGCUGAAAUCAUCCUGGGUCUGCAGUUCCUUCACUCCAAAGGAAUUGUCUAUAGGGACCUGAAGCUAGAUAACAUCCUGUUGGACAAAGAUGGACAUAUCAAGAUAGCAGACUUUGGGAUGUGCAAGGAGAACAUGCUGGGAGAUGCAAAGACCAAUACUUUCUGCGGGACUCCUGACUACAUCGCCCCCGAGAUCUUGCUGGGUCAGAAAUACAACCAUUCUGUUGACUGGUGGUCCUUUGGUGUUCUUCUUUACGAGAUGCUCAUUGGUCAGUCACCUUUCCAUGGGCAAGAUGAAGAGGAGCUUUUCCACUCCAUCCGUAUGGACAAUCCUUUUUAUCCACGAUGGCUUGAGAAGGAGGCCAAGGACCUUUUAGUGAAGCUUUUUGUGAGAGAACCUGAAAAGAGGCUUGGAGUGAGGGGAGACAUCCGCCAGCAUCCUUUAUUUCGGGAGAUCAAUUGGGAAGAACUUGAGAAAAAGGAAAUCGACCCUCCAUUCAGGCCUAAAGUGAAAUCACCAUAUGACUAUAGCAAUUUUGACAAAGAAUUCCUAAGCGAGAAACCCCGGCUGUCAUUCGCUGACAGAGCACUGAUCAACAGCAUGGACCAAAAUAUGUUUAGGAACUUCUCUUUCAUUAACCCAGGGAUGGAGGGGUUCAUCUCCUGAGCCUCAGCUCUUCACAGACUGAAGGAAUUCACCUUCUUGUGGGAACCGGCUCAAGCAACACUUUUUGGGUCCUUUUUUUGAAGUUGGAAGAGAAAAGAAACACUCAACAGUAAAGACUGAAAACUGUUAGCAACUCAUGUGACUUUUUAUCUGUAGCAGAAACCAACUCUACUUCACUAACGACAACACCCUGUCUUAUCUCCUGGCAUUUUUCACAGACACCCUUAAAGUUAGGUCAUUAAUAACCCUAGUUAUGUACUUGAAAAAUGGAUGUCCAUACUGUGAAAGAUUUGAAACUUAAUACUGCUCUAAAUUAUGACUCUAUCCAUGGGUACCAACUGCUGAUCAAUGAAAUUCUUGGUGAAUCAAGGAGUGAAUGUAAACAACUUCUCAAGACUGAAACAGCCCAUUGCUUGGUGCAGCAUGGAUCCCACUCAGCCACAGACAAACAGCCACUAACCAUUUCAUUCUGCAUAUACCUGUGGAGGUAUAAAUGACUUGAGGGGAGCUGAAUAGGUUUUUAUGGGAUUUUCACAAUAAACAUAGCUUGUAACUUGAGAUUUACAAAUCUGAUCAUUGGUUAGCCAUGAAAUGUACAGGAAAAGAGGAAAAUAGCAAAUGGAGAGAGCUCAUGUCAAUGAUAGGGAAGGUUGGCUAGAACACCUAUGCAGGAUAUCUUGUCCACAUAGAAAUAUAAGUUUACAGUCCAAAAAAGAUAGUAAUCUUUCGUUCCUGCCAAUAAAACUCUGCUUUCUAUCUAUUCUCAGUUGAUUUCAAUGUCAGUGUAGUCAUUCAUUACCAUCCUCACAUCAUGACAAGAAAAAAAAA